AUGGCAUCUGAGAUGAAGGCCUCGAUCCACCGCUUCCGUCUACGGAGGGUGUCUCCAUCGCCACGGGAUGCCGGUCGGGCCCGCUCCGCCUCACCUCCCAGCGGCCCGUCUCAUGACCUGCAGCAGCAAUCGUCACUUCAGCAGCGGCAGCCACCACUAUCAACUCCUCACAGAGGCACCGGUUCUAGGGAGGUGAAGCCUGUACCCCCGGCGUGUGACCGCUGCCGCAGCUUCAAGAAGAAGUGCAGUCGCACGUAUCCCGUCUGCUCGCUCUGCGCCGGCGCCGGCCAGCGCUGCUCCUACUCAAACCCCGUGGCCAGCGCCGAGGCUCAGGCCCACCAGCUGCGGGCGCGUGUCCAAUGGCUUACCCGGUACAUUGACGAGAAUGUGCUCGUGCCGGGGCGGUCCAGCGGCGUGAAUGCCCUCAUGGUUGACCAACAGAGCAUCGACGGCCGCAUCGAAGACCACGAUCCAGGCAGUGUUGGAGCCACCAGCAGCCACGUCUCAUAUCAGAGCUCUACGGAUGGGUCGAACAAGCGGCGCCUGGUUACGCACCAAGCCCUCCCCCCUGAUAUCCCCGCAAGCCGCUUCGUCGACGCCUACUUCCGCCACGUCAACCGGGCAUAUCCCUUUGUGGACCAGGCCAAGGUCCGCCGCGACUUGGAGUCGUUGGGAGACAUAUCGCAAGUAAAUCGAGAUCCUUCGGCAACUCUGCUGUAUCUUGUCAUGGCCAUUGGGUGCACCACGUUGGAACGAGCUGGCCAAGUCCCUCGCGGGACGGGAGAGCGGUUUAACGUGGCCUACCCCAACAUCAUCCAGGAGUGUUUAUGCCACGAGGGCAUAGAGUCGGUCCAGAUCCUCGUGCUACUGGGCCUCUACUCUCUCUUUGACCCAGCGGCCAUCCCAGCAUAUUCUAUCGUCGGCAUCGCAGCCCGCCAGGCCAUGGUCAUUGGUCUAACACGCCCGGUGCCCGACGAGCAGGCCCUACCAGCUGGCGAUAAGGAGCUGCGGCAUCGCUUGCACUGGAGCAUCUUUGUCCUGGACCGCAUGAUGGCCGGGUCCCAGGGCCUCCCCGUGGCACUCACCGACGAGAACGCCAGCGUGCCACUGCCGGGCCUGACCGUCGAGGAGUUUGCAAGCCCGGGGCGGGCUGUGUACGCUCGCAACUUGCAAACCAGUCGACACAUCAUCCAACUCCGGCAGCUCGAAGAUCGCAUCCUCCAGGGCGUCCACCUCCGCAAGCAGGCCGACGCCGUGGCGCUGUCGCCGGCAGAUCGGCGAGCGGUGCUGAGCAGUCUCCGGGCUGAAAUCGAGGACUGGUACAGCAACGGCUGUCUCAUGUCGCCCAUGGACGCGGACAACGUGCCCAUUCACAGUAGCAUCACCUGGCUAAGCUCACAAUACUAUCAUUUGCUAGUAAUUGCGUACUAUCCUAACCACUUCAACAGCACCGCCGCGGCUGUCACGCGCCAGGAGCUGCUAGAAUUUGCAAGAAAGCAACUUCAGGCCAUCUCCGUGCUCCUCCAACAACGACAGCUGCCCCUCAACCGCGUGACGCUUUGCCGCCUUCUCCCUGUGUGUCUGCUGCUGAUGCACGACUUCGUGGCGACGAGCAGAACGGCGGAGUGGGAAGGUCAGACGGCGGCCCCUUUCGCUGCCAGGGAUGAAGUGACCGAGCUCAUCGUAGUUCUCGAGGCGUUUCCCAAGGGCUGGGUCAUCGCCCACCAGGCGGCGGCGAUCCUCCAGCAGUUUGCUGGCAUCAUCGCGGGCGGCAUGACGGCAUUCUUUGGCAACCAGGGACAGAGCACCGAAGAGCUGAUGAACCCGUGCAUUUCCCGGUUCAGCGCGCUGGUGCAGCAGAUGUUAGGCAAGGCGACAUGUUUCCAGUUCGUGUUAUACCCGCCGGAGAGAAAUGGAGACGAGCGGGUGGGCAACCACAUCAAUCUGGGGGCACAGCAGCCGACUCCGAACCCGCUCUUCUUCGGCGACACAGAUGUGGGCGGUGUAGUGAACGAUGAGGCGGUACUGGGCUAUGGCUGGGGCUCGUGUUGGGAUCUAGACUUUUUGUAA